CUCCUGAUCCUGUUAUCCCUCGGGACCAGCUGGCAGCUGCGAGCAGACUCGAGUACAGAGCAGCCCCUGCUCCGAGGCGGGGACGCAGGCACUGACCGCGGGGCUGGCCGGUGUCACAGCCUCCUUCGCGGCCGGCUGGGACCCGCGGAGAGCCCCGGGCCGCUCCCCUCCAUCCUGGGGAGGGAAGCGGAGUCUCGUCCUUAACUCCGUUCCUCUUGCUGAGACCCCUGAGAAAUGCUGGCUACCGUGCUGGCUCCCCACCCCCAUCACUCGGUGUAGGUGAGGGCUCAGGUCCUUUUCCGAGCGAGCAGGCGGCUCGGCUCGGCUCCGGGCUGUCCUUAGGCUGGCACUCUCCGGAGCCCCCUCGGAGGGAGGGCGAGGGGGCAGGAGCCGCGCCGAGCACACGGCGGCUGGGCUGACCCUCGGCGCGGCUCCUCUGAGCCUUUGAAGUCGGGAGUGGUUUAGCCCCCCCAAGCGAGGGGCGAAGGAGGCGCGGAGCUAAUAGCGAGUGAUUCAGCUUUUGAGGUACGGCCGAGCAAAUAGAAGCCACUGAGCAGCCAGGGGUGAGGGGGAAACCAGCCCCGAGGCAUUUCGGUUCCCUUUUCUGUUUCCUCGACACAUGGCAUUGAUCAGCUCCUUCUCUCCUCCAUCCUCCUCAGCCCGUUUCUUAAAGUAACUCGCAGCAAAAGCUGUGCUAUGCUUUUUCUUUACCGAUGUAUGAGUUUGAGGCAAAUUCUCUUCGCACACCCCCCGUACUCCCUUGACGGCUGUAUCCUCUCUCUCAAGUGCUUCUCGGUAUUAAACAGCCUUGUCUUUAAGUGGACUUGCCAGGACAAGGAGUACCCUAGCAGGGAGCUGGACGGCGGGGGAAGGGUUACUCCGAAACAAGCGCAGACAGCCCGGCACGCACACACACACACACACACACACACACACACACACACACACACACACACACACACAUACACACACACACACACACACACAUAUACACUCACCCAUAUGCGCACCCACUGAAUGUGUACAGGAGAAAUACGGGGGUGGGGAGGGGGGGAAGUGGGUGUUGUUACCGCUGUAGGGUAAAACUCGGUUUCUCCAGAGGUUUUUAAGUCUUGAUGACUGAUGACGAAAAUCAGACAGAAUACUAGAGGAGGUCCGUCUCUUCCCUGAGGGUUGGAGAUUCUUUUAUUCUGUGUUAUAUUUGUUGAAUACUGGUACUGCGUAAAAGUUCGCAAGGGAGGAAGGAAAGGAGGAGAAGAAGGGGGUGGGGGAGGCGGGCUUGUCGGCGGCUGCACAUGAAAUAUCGCCAUGUUGGUGGAGAGCACGGCUGUAAUUAUUGCUAGCGAGGGCAUCUCCCAGAGCCGCCGCUCGGGGAGUUUCCAGCUCGCUUCCCGGCUGCCCUUCCGACCCGCUCGGAUACACUGCGAGAGCGGCCGGAGCAGGACGGCGAUGCCCGCGCCUUCCCCUCCCGCAGCCCGGCGGUGAGGCAGGGCUGGAUCGGGGCUGCGCAGCCCCUACAUCCCCCGGCAGCGCCGCCCGCUCCGUUCCCGCUGCUGAAAGCGGGGCAGAGGGCGAGUCCAAACCGGUGAAAUUGUCCUCAGCAACGCAGGGGUUAAAAGCAGCCGAGGGGGACGGGGGAGACGGGGAGGGAAAUAAGGAAAGAAGAAAAAAGAGAAAAUCUAGCCUGACUUUGCCUCUUGGAAAGCUUUAGGUUGCAGCCCUGCCUUCCAAGCAUUCUUUAAACUAGAAAUGUGGGAGGGACUCCAGGAGAGAGAGAGAGAGAUGGCUAUCAACUGAAUUCAUUACUGUAAACAUCUCCCUGGGGUGUCAGGCAGGGAGGAAAAAAAGGCACGACUUACAUUAGCAGGGAAUAGUGAGAUGUGAGGCAUCAUUACUGCUAAGACCAGCCUGCAAUCCCGGCCGGAGGCAGGCGCAGGACUUGGAGAGAGCCAGACGCUCGCUCACACACAUACUCACAUACAUGUGUCCGAUGCCUUCUCCGACUUACGAGGGUCCUGGGUCGCCGUGCCUGCUCCUCGUGUGAUCUUUUCAUCAUUUCCAGAGGACAGAAAGAGACAGCAAAAAAAAAAAAAAAAAAAAAAAAAAAAAAAAAGCUAACAACCAAAAAAAAAAAGAAAAAAAAAAAAAAAAAAACCAGAAGGAAAGAAACCCCAAGACCGAGCAUAGCCGCGGUCCCCUCUCGUUUAUUUUUUUACCGGAGAAGGAGGAACGGCGGGGGAAAGAGCGAGCGAAUCGAGGAGAGCAAGCGCGUUGGGAAUGCCAGAGCCGCGGGCUGCGCGCCGGAGGAGGCGGUGGCGGAGCAGGGGGUAGGACGAUGCCGCCUCGCACGGCGGAGGGAGGCGCGGGGGUCGCUCGGAGCUCGGCCGGCGGGGAGCGGGCCCGGGGCCGGCCGGGAGCGGCCACCACCGAGGAGCGGCGGCGGCAAAGUUUUGGUGUGGGGGGCCAGAGGCGCGGAGGGGAGUUACGAUCGGUGCCGGCGAGGGAUUCCCAGACACCGCCAGGCAGGCCAGAUCUGACAGAUAGCGGAUAUGAGGACUUUGCUGACUUCAGAAAGCUGACAGAAAGCAACAGACUUCAGUGAAAUACCCCUCCAAGAACAGAGACUUUUGGUAGCAUUAAAGUAACCCGUUGUUCAACUGCAAAGACAUGGCAACUGGUUCUUUCGGCACACAUGGAGGAAGGCAACAAACAUUGUAACCCUGGCUAAUAAGACUGUGUUUUCCUUAUCAAAAGUAGGAGUUAGGGCAAUUAUAAAAGGAUUAUUUUAUUGUUAGCCUCCAGGACUUUAACUCUGGCCUGAACACUGGACAUAAAUAGAAGCCAAUUUUAACGACCUGAGAUUUUGUUACCUGUGUGUUAUUAUUGUUAUCAGUUCCUGAACACUUUGGUACUUUAUUUCUUUAAAUUAGAAAUGGGUUCGUGGACUAAAAUGUGGCCCACAGACUGGGCUCUUCUCAUGAAAUCAUGGCUCAUCUUUUCCCUGGGGCUCUACAUACAGGUCUCCAAAACUUUGGCCUGCCCAAAAGUGUGCCGCUGUGACAGAAACUUUGUCUACUGUAACGAACGAAGCUUGACCUCAGUGCCUCUUGGGAUACCGGAGGGUGUAACCGUCCUCUACCUCCAUAAUAACCAAAUUAAUAAUGCUGGAUUUCCUGCAGAGUUGCACAAUGUCCAGUCUGUGCACACAGUCUACCUGUAUGGCAAUCAGUUGGAUGAAUUCCCCAUGAACCUGCCCAAGAAUGUCAGGGUUCUCCACCUGCAGGAAAACAACAUUCAGACUAUUUCACGUGCUGCUCUUGCUCAGCUUUUGAAGCUGGAAGAACUGCACCUGGAUGACAACUCCAUCUCCACCGUUGGUGUUGAGGAUGGGGCUUUCCAGGAAGCCAUCAGCCUCAAGCUUCUGUUCUUGUCCAAGAAUCACUUGAGCAGUGUGCCAGUUGGCCUCCCGCUGGACUUACAAGAGCUGCGUGUAGACGAAAACCGAAUUGCUGUCAUCUCAGACCUGGCCUUCCAGAACCUGACAAGUCUGGAGCGCCUGAUCGUGGAUGGCAAUCUCCUUACUAAUAAAGGCAUAGCUGAAGGCACCUUUAGCCACCUCUCCAAGCUUAAGGAAUUCUCAAUAGUUCGGAAUUCGCUGACUUACCCUCCUCCUGAUCUUCCAGGUACACAUCUGCUAAGACUUUACUUGCAGGACAACCAGAUAACCCAUAUACCACUUACAGCCUUUUCAAACCUCCACAAACUGGAACGUCUUGAUAUUUCCAACAAUCAGCUUCGGAUGUUGGCAAAGGGAGUAUUUGAUAAUCUCCAUAACCUGAGACAACUCACUGUAAGGAAUAACCCCUGGUUAUGUGACUGCAGCAUUAAGUGGGUCACUGAAUGGCUCAAAUUUAUUCCUGCUUCCAUCAAUGUACGGGGUUUUAUGUGCCAGGGACCAGAGCAGGUCCGAGGUAUGGCAGUCAGGGAGCUCAAUAUGAAUAUGUUGUCAUGCCCCACCACCACCCCUGGUCUGCCACUUAUCAUCACCCCAGUCCCAGCUACAACCAUGCCAACUACAUUAGCUCCCAGCUCAUCAUUUCCUCCCUCAAGCAGUAAAUAUAAUCCUCUCACUCCCAUUAUUGCCACACUCCCCACUGUGCCUGACAGGGAGGACAGAGAAAGGGUGACACCUCCUUUGUCUGAAUGGAUUCAGCUCUCCGUCCACUUUGUGAAUGACACUUGCAUCCAAGUCAACUGGAUGUCACUUUUUUCAGUCAUGGCAUAUAAACUCACAUGGGUUAAAAUGGGCCAUAGUCUGGUAGGGGGAAUUGUUCAUGAACGAAUAAUUAGUGGUGAGAAGCAGCAGUCAAGCUUGGUAAAUCUGGAGCCCAAAUCCACUUACCGGAUUUGUUUGGUUCCACUGGAUACUUACAACAGCUACCGAACUGGAGAAGACACUGUCUGUUCGGAAGCCACGACCAAGGCUUCCUUUCUGAAUGGCAGCAACAUCCCUUCCAGCCACGAGCAGACGACUUCUCAGAACCUGGGCUCCCCAUUUCUGCUGGCAGGGUUGAUUGGGGGUGCGGUGAUAUUUGUCCUCAUGGUCUUGCUCAGCGUUUUUUGCUGGCACAUGCACAAAAAAGGUCGUUACACCUCCCAGAAGUGGAAAUAUAACCGGGGCCGUCGGAAAGAUGACUACUGCGAGGCAGGGACCAAGAAGGACAACUCCAUCCUGGAGAUGACGGAAACCAGCUUCCAGAUUGUCUCCUUAAAUAAUGAUCAGCUCCUUAAAGGAGAUUUCAGACUGCAGCCCAUUUAUACCCCAAACGGGGGCAUUAACUACACAGACUGCCACAUCCCCAACAACAUGCGAUACUGCAACAGCAACGUCUCAGACCUGGAGCACUGUCAUACGUGAUAGUGAGGGAAAAUGGGGGUCUCUAGGACAAGGAGAAAAAAAAAAACUCUAGAAAAAAUAAGCCCCCCAACAAUAAUGAAAAAAAAUUACAUUUGAUAAAUGUUACACAGAUGCAUUUAUGCAUUUGAAUACUCUGUAAUUUAUACGGUGUACUAUAUAAUGGGAUUUAAAAAAAAAAAAGUGCUAUCUUUUCUAUUUCAAGUUAAUUGCAAAUGGUUUUGUAACUCUUUGCUUUUUAAAUCUUUAAAAAAUAUUGCUGAGUACUGUACAGGGUUGUACAAUAAGAACCCAAUGUCAUGGCAAAGGAAAGAAUGACUCAUUCUUCAAACAUUAACCACUUUGCUGUCGAAGCAGUCUGAGGGAUGUUAAGUUUCUAGGUGUCCUGAAUUACAGGAAAAUAAGUGCAUAUUAAGACAGGGUCACUAGGAACAGACAAAAGCAAUUCAGAUAAAAUGGGCACAACCCUUCUGACUUGAACCCAGCAGUCACUGUUGAGCUUCAAACAAUUGGAAACACAUCCGUUCCUCUUUGUCAGUACUGCACUUCUCACCUCCAACUGAAAGCUGGAGUUCUGAGUGCUGCCAAUAAAGCUACUUUCUUUGUUUGAUUAGUUUUUUUCCAGUCUACUUGGAAUAGGAAACGUGGAAAGAGCUCAGUGUCAAACUCAAAGUGACCUUGAUUCCUAUUUGCAAAAGUUGCUCUGAAAAUGUCCCCAACGCUAGAUACUUUAUCUUAGAAACUGUUUGUGCUUUUCUUUAGGAUUAAGAAGCUUUAGGCAUUCUAGACCCUGCUCAGUGGGAGGUGAAGGUUAUGUGACUGUAUGUAACAGAGAGCUGUCAUUAAGUUAUGCCUCUUAAUAGAGCAGUAUUUGUUGAUAUAGCACGUUCAGGUAAAGCAGGAAUAAGGGAAAUUCUGAGCAUUCCCAGCUCUGCAGUAUUCAUGUACAUGUUCAUGUAAUUUGAAAUCUAAAAGUGCAUAUUGCUGAAAACAUGGUGCAAAAUCUAAUGGCAAUGGAAAAGUUUUGCUAAUAAUUUGUAUGGUUCAAGCUUUGACUUAAGGGUCUGGGUUAUGUUCAGUACAGAGAAUAAGGGGAAAAAAAAAAGACAAAAAGAGAAAACAAACAAGAAAUAUAUUGUAAAAAGUUAUUUAGUACUGGAAAGACCUCCAGGGCUAUUAUGAACUGAAAUACAUUCAGUGGGGAAAAUCAUGUACAAAUCUUGGUGGGUUUUGUUUGUUUGUUUGUUUUGCUUUUUUUCCUUCCCAAUUAAAAUAUACAGAGACUGACAUUAGCUAAGCAUUUGAUUGACUGGGGAAUUUUGAGAACACAGGUACACAAUGUCCCUCUGAAUUACCCUUCUUUUACCUUAAGCAUUUUCAAGUUUUCCAUAAUGAUUUCAGCUUCACAAGCAAUAGGUGGGUUUAGAAUUUGCUUUUUUAUACCCUCAGAUUCUUUAGCUGCAAUACCUUCUCAGUCCUUGAGCUUUACAUGCACUAUGCAAAACAUCAUGCCUGUAUUCAAACUAUAAUGCAGCUCUCAAAAUUAUGUAAUAUUUCAGCCACUCUGCUAACUCAGUGACUGCCAAGAACUGUGGUGGAAUCUAAUUAUUUGGGGGUUUUUCAGUUUGCUUUUUUACCAUAGCUAAUUUUCUCCUGAGUUUGGGGGCAAGCUAAAGCUACAUCACAUUGAAAAAUAAAAAGAAAAAGGAAAAAAAAAAAAAAAAAAGAUAGAGACAAAACUUCCCUGAGAUAGUAGGGAACCAAAGAGAGAAAGUUUUACAGUUAUCACCUAGGGAUAGACAGAAAGUUGCUGCAUGUGGAUUGGCAGUAAAGGCUGAAGCACUUUCACAGUGGAAUGCUUAGACUUUUCACUUUAUGAAGCUCCUUAUGCUGGAAGAGAGGGUUUUAAUCCUUUCCUUCACUCAUUUCACUCAACCCAUUCUUGAAACUCAGCAGUCUAUGAGUAUGUAUUUUCUGCAAUUCAGAUCACAUGAUAACACUAGUUUUCUGUGAUGACAAAAUGAACCUAGUUAUGAUUGAUGGCAAAGUAUGACCAUUUUGUAAGGAACCACCUCCACCCACCACCACCUUUUAAAAUCACAUUUUGAAAUUCCACUCUAUAUUCUGUAUAUUUGUUAUUUUGUCCAGCUAUAGCAGGUAUUCUAAACAACCUGUGUGGCUAUUGUAAUAGUUAUAUCACUAAAAUUUUGCUGAUUAAAAGUUUACCAUAUGAUUUCAAAUGGCAUUAUUCUGGGUAGAAAGUCUAUGCAAAAUUGAGGGUUUUUCUGUGAUUUGUUUGAUAGAUCUGUGAUCUGAUGAUAAGGUUGAUAGUUUGGGGCUUUGUUUUGUUUUUUUUGUUUGUUUGUUUUGUUUUGUUUUGUUUUGUUUUGUUUUGGUGGCUUUUUGAUUUUUUUUUUUUUUUUUUGGUAUUGUUUUGUUUUGUUUUGUUUGAAGUAUUUUAGGUGCCCCAGCUCAAAAAACAGGCAGCAAAUAGUUGUGCCUCUUCACAUGUUUCUGUUGCAUGCUGGAAUUUGCUUGAAGUUAAGCAGAGCCAGUAAUUUCCAUUGGGUGUGGAUAUAGUUAUAUUUCAUUUCAGUGAAAUAACUGGUUGUAUAUUCAAUUUCAAAAGGCCUCCUUUGAAAGUACAUGCCUACAAGUGUUUUGUACUGCAAUGACCGAUGCAGGAGGAAUUUCUGUUCUAGACCUCAGUAUACCAUAAGCACCUUAUUUGUAGCAAUUGGCUUAUUCAGGGAGUUUGGCCUGUGCUGCAGAUGAAUGAUCCACAUGCCCAACCUCAUGACAAUCUGGUUACUUAUCAAAUAGGGUGAAAAUAGAAUGCAUUCACAAAGUAUUUGUUUUGCUCUGGAAUGAUUAUAUAUAAAUAUGUAGACUAUGACCCACUUGCCUAAAUCAAAAAUCACAAUGAUAUUAAAGAUAACAUACUUUAUGCUUCUUUUCAAUAUGAAGAAAAAUAUAUCAAGUUUUUAUGGGAUACUGACAAAAUUUUCUUUACUAUAAAGACUCCUGAGAAAAACAUAGUAAGCGCCUUAUACCAAAAUUUGUGGAUAGAGCUUGGAAUAUUAUCUAAAAAAAUUCAGAGUUGUAGUCAACUGAAGGGUCAUAUGUGUCAUUUGAAGAAUGUUUCUCCCAAUUUUAUUGUUCCUUAGCUCCAAAACAGGUAAUGUAUUUCAAUUUACAACAGAGUUUGGGACUUCUCAAAGUACCAGUCACACAAACAUCUGAGAUUUCAUUUCAGUUCCCACCCAUGAGCAAAUUUCACUAGCCAAUGUAUAAAAAGUCAGAGUUAAAAAUGGACAAUGAUCUUUUGGCAAUAUAAAGUUUAAGAUUAGUAGCCUUUUCCUUGGGCUUUAUAAAAAUUGAGCAACCUUCACUUAGGACAAAUAUCUGACCACCAUAAUAACUAAAGGCUAUAGAGCAGAAGUGUCAAAUAUGUGCAUGUACAAACCACUCCAAAUGUUCAAUUUUAAGUCCUGAUUUGAUCAAAUUCAUUGCAUCUGGGGACAAAUUAAUUUUUUCAGGCAAAAUCUCACCCAUCUUCCAAUUUAUACUGCUAGUAGUCUGACAUAGAUGUGCAGGAAGAUUGGUGAGUAGAAUAAAAUAAGCAUUUAAGUGAAAUUGUGUUAAGAAGUAUCACACUGCUGUUCCCAGUACUUGGGCUCCUUCUGAAGACAUAUUUAUUUACAAACAGGUCCUUAUUUUCAUGGAUUCUGUCACUUUGACAACUGUUCCUUGCAUGUGGUUUGCUGGCAGAAACAAACACCUGAUAAAUGCAUGGACUGUGUGUUAACAGGUUCUAAUUGGAACAUUAUUAAUGAAUUUCUUUAUAAUAAUAUUUAGGGAAUAAGCUACUUUGAACUGAAAAGCUAUUAGCAGUUUUCCCUAUAAGCCAAUAAAGGAUUACAGUGAAUAUCAUGUAAAACAGAAAAAUGAAUUAGCAUAUGAUAUUUGCUAUUAGACUAGUUCAACUAUAUUUUUCUCUGAAUAAUUUUCCUUUUUUCAUGAGAGCAAGUUUCUCCCUCUGAAAAAUUUGUUAAUGUAAAUUUUGCAAACAAAAGAACUUUAUGCAUAUUGAUAUUAUUGUUUUAAGGGUCUAUUUAAGGCACUUUAUUAAUGGCAUUGAAGUGAAAGUUCAGUCUCAGCUUUUGACAGUAAAGUGGUUAAUUCCCAUUGAAUUCUACAUUUAUAGUACUUCUUCACUUUAAAUUUAACCUGGAGAUAUUAAAGUUUUUUUCUUUAGAACAUGAGAAUAAUGGUUUUAUACAUGACUUAUCUUUACAGCUCAGUGAAAAAACAAAACAGAAGUGAGUGCCAAAACCAAAAGUUACUGUCUCUGAACCUCAUCAAAUCCUGCCUGAUGCUCUCUUCCAAACACAGAGAUAAUCCUAGGAAGCUGAUGAUCACUCCUUUCCUGAACUCUAUCCAACAGGGCACUUUGUAUCCCAGAUGAUACUGCAGGCAAUAUUGAAGCAUUUGGCAUUAAACUUUUGUACAGCAGAGAAUGUUUUUCUCUUUAAAAGAACCCUGGCUAGUAGUCUGUAUGGAAAACUAGCACAGAAGGGAUUUGGCAACAUUUUAUUGCACUGGGGCUCUGUGGAAAUGUGCCUCAUGAGAGCUGAGUUCUGACCCUUCUGAAACAGAUAAGCUACUAAACAAAUUGUUAUCAUGAGUUGAUCCCAAAUACCUGAAUAUGAUCUUUCAUAAAAUUGAUUUUAACUGA